AGCUCGAGGAAGACAAGCGCAUCUUCCUCUAAACUCAACACACAACCGCUACGCUUCCACUCUCCGCGUGAUGAACCCCCACCGGCCAAGAAGGCGAAAACGAAGCCGUUGAUGUCUAUUGUCAGGCCUCCUGUAUUUGAUCUGGGCUUGAGCCAGUCGGAUAGCCAGGUCAAGGGCAGCAUCACCGCGAAGGCCAAAGGAAAGGAGAGACAACCAGCCGUUCCUUAUCCCUCAGCAGAUAUCGGAGAUGAUAGCCUAUGGGUUGAUAGAUACGAGCCAAUGAACGAGGGAGAUCUUGCGGUACAUAAGCGCAAAAUUCAGGACGUGAGGCAGUGGCUACUGGAGGCUGCCGAUGGAGGUCCUUCCGGAAAGUUGAAGAAAUACCGGCGCAUUCUCGUCUUGACGGGACCGGCAGGUACAGCAAAGACGGCUACAUUGCGUGUACUUUCAAGAGAGCUAGGAUACGACAUCCUGGAAUGGCGUAAUAGCAUGGACGAGCAAUUCUCCCGCAAUAGCGACUUUUCUGGCGGGUGGUCUGGCGUGGAAUACGAAGGGCUCUCCGAAAAGUUCUCCGGGUUCCUCACAAGGGCAUCCAGCUGUCGUUCCAUCUUCUCCUCGACACCUGAUGCCCAGCCACUCUCCCAAGCAGCUCCUUCGUCCCAGCUUCCGCCUUCCAGCUCGUCGUCUACUACCCUCCACACCCCGUCGCCUCCAAAGCGUCAGCUCAUCUUACUCGAAGAUCUCCCCAACAUCCUGCAUCCACCUACACAAGCAGCCUUUCAUACCGCACUGGAAUCUUUUACCUCGUCCCCCGAGGCUGGCGUCGCUCCACUCGUAAUCAUCAUCAGUGAUGCCGGCGUGCGAGGAGAGAAUCCGGAAGAUGAAGGGCAACGAUGGAAGUCGCGCACGAAAGAGACUAUGGAUGUACGAAACGUCCUGUCUCCCAACCUCCUCCACUCUCCGUAUGUCACCCAGAUAAGCUUCAACCCCAUCGCAUCGACAUACAUGCGCAGCGCGCUGAAGGCGCUUCUCGAUCGACAUUUCGCGUCGUCUUCGUCCGGAGCGCGCCCUACUCAAGCCGUGCUAGACGUGAUUGUCGAGUCAUCCAACGGCGACAUCCGGAGUGCAAUCAUGGCACUGCAAUUUGCAUGUACUGCUGAUAGCUCGACGCGUAAACCUGCCAAGGGGACGAAGAAAGCGAGCAAGGGGCAGGGGCCGUCCGCACGGGUCAUGCUCGAAGCUGUGACGCGUCGCGAGCAGAGUUUAGCUCUGUUUCAUCUGCUGGGGAAGAUCAUGUACAACAAGCGAAAAGGAGAUCCCGCUUCCUCAUCCGCAUCUGCUAAGGACAUUCGGAAAGACCAAGAGAUCGACUCGCAUCUGAAAGACCCUCCACCCCUUCCCCCAUACUUCAGACACCACGAGCGAAGGGCAAGUCGGGUGGACGUCGAGGAAUUAUACGCCGACACCCCGAUCGACGCGUCUCUCCUCUCGCUCUACAUCCACCAGAACUACACCCAAUACUGCACCACGCUCGACGAGUGCGACGCGCUCAUGGACACGCUCAGCUACGUCGACGCCAGCGGCGGCGAAUCCUGGCACCAAGCGAACCCGCACCAGUUCCAUCUCGUGGCGCUCGGGACGCUGCACGCACUGCCGAGCCCGGUCCCGAGGCGGAAUCAGAAGCCGUUCAAGCCUGCCUUCUUUGACUCCCUACGGAAGCAGCAUGAGGCCGAGGAUGGCGUGAGCGACGUGCAGGUGUGGCUCCAGCAGAACAGCGCCGUUGCUCUCCCGGGCUGGAGCCAGCGCGAAGUCGUCCUCUCCGCCGGAACCGCGCUGCGCACCAUCGACCGUGCUUGCACACCAUCUGGGCGCGCCCCGUCCACACACCGGCUGUUCUCCACGCUCGAGUUCGCGCGGGACAGCGGCGCUGGCGCUGAACUCGCGGAGGAAGGCGAUGUCGGUCUGGACGCGCCCGAGCCGGAACGCGAAGUGCGUGCGCGACCUUUGAAGACGCCGGCGGACGACGACGAGGUCACGGGCAGGUGGCUGUCGGACGAUGAUAUUGAGGAGUGGUGAUUCCGAAUGACCGUUGUGAGGGUCGCUUUGCUUGCAUCUUGGAGCCUUGUAUGCUGUUUGUUUCUAUUCGACUGCUUUAACGUCAGUGCAUUAGCGAGACAUCGGGUUUGUUUGGUGCCGCUAUAUGCAUCAAACGUUUCACCUGGUUAUAUGCUAUGGGAUUUCCC